CCGAGGCUGCUUGAAAGUCCCCAAAGUUGAGAGUCAGCGAGAGGCUGCCGCCCGCCGGGAACAGGAGAGAAAGAACUCAAAAGGUGUGAAAGUGACCGAGGCAGACAGAAAGACCGACAGGCGCGCAGGCCUUCGGAAAACAUCGCCGUGAGCAGCCCAUCCCCAGAGCACGUGAGGCUUCGCUGCUCUAUUGACUGGUGGGAGGCCCGAGCUGGUGAAAAGGCUCCUAAAAGAGACUCAGAGGCGACCAUAAUGUCUUUGCGGUCCCACGCAUUGCCUACCCUGCCAGGAGUCCUCAGACCGGGCUGCAGAGAGCUGCUGUGUUUGUUGAUGAUAACCGUGACUGUGAGCCCGGGCGCCUCCGGCCUGUGCCCCACGGCUUGCAUCUGUGCCACUGACAUUGUUAGCUGCACCAACAAAAACCUGUCCAAGGUGCCUGGGAACCUUUUUAGACUGAUUAAGAGACUGGAUCUGAGCUAUAACAGAAUUGGGCUUCUGGAUUCUGAGUGGAUUCCGGUGUCAUUUGUCAAGCUGAACACCCUUAUUAUUCGUCAUAACAAUAUCACCAGCAUCUCUGCUGGCAGUUUUUCCACAACUCCAAAUCUGAAGUGUCUUGACGUAUCAUCCAAUAAGUUGAAGACAGUGAAAAGUGCUGUGUUCCAAGAACUGAAGGUCCUGGAAGUGCUCCUGCUUUACAACAAUCACAUCUCCUCUCUCGACCAGUCAGCAUUUGGAGGGCUGUCCCAGCUGCAGAAACUCUACUUAAGUAGAAACUUUCUCACACAGUUUCCUGUGGAUUUGUAUGUUGGAAGGUUCAAGCUUGCAGAACUGAUGUUCUUGGAUGUUUCUUAUAACAGAAUCCCUUCCAUACCAAUACACCAUAUAAAUUUAGUGCCAGGGAAACAGCUGAGAGGCAUUUACCUACAUGGAAACCCGUUUGUCUGUGACUGCUCCCUGUACUCAUUGCUGACCUUCUGGUAUCGUAGGCGCUUUAGUUCUGUGAUAGAUUUUAAGAACGAUUACAUCUGUCACGUGUGGUCUGGCUCCAGGCACUCCAGUCAGCUGCUUCUGCUUCAAGAUAGCUUUAUGAAUUGUUCUGACAGCGUAGUCAAUAGUUCCUUCCAUGCACUUGGCUUUAUUCGUGAGGCUCAGGUAGGGGAAAGACUGGUUGUCCAUUGUGACAGCAAGAUUGGUAAUGGAAACACGGAUUUCAUCUGGGUUGGUCCAGAUAACAGACUACUGGAACCGGAUAAAGAGAUGGAAAACUUUCAUGUGUUUUACAAUGGAAGUCUGGUGAUAGAAAGCCCUCGUUUUGAGGAUGCUGGAGUAUAUUCUUGUAUUGCAAUGAAUAGGCAGCGCCUGUUAAAUGAAACUGUGGAUGUCACCAUAAAUGUGAGCAAUUUCACUGUAAACAGAUCCCAUGCUCAUGAGGCAUUUAACACAGCUUUUACCACUCUUGCUGCCUGUGUGGCCAGUAUCAUUUUGGUACUUUUGUACCUCUAUCUAACACCGUGUCCCUGCAAGUGUAAAACCAAGAGACAGAAAAAUGUGCUCAACCAAAGCAAUGCCCAUUCAUCCAUUCUCAGUCCAGGCCCUGCUGGUGAUGCCUCUGCUGAUGAACGGAAGGCAAGUAAAAGAGUGGUGUUUUUGGAGCCCCUGAAGGAUACUGCCGCAGGGCAGAAUGGGAAAGUGAGGCUCUUCCCCAGUGAGACAGUUAUAGCUGAGGGCAUCCUAAAGUCCACAAGGGUGAAAUCCGACUCAGAUUCAGUCAAUUCAGUGUUCUCAGACACACCUUUUGUGGCAUCCACGUAAUUGUGUGCCUGUAUUUGUAUGAUGUCGUAAUUUAAUCAUUACAUAUUUAAUUGUGUAUAAAUGUAAUUGUGUAUAAAUAGCAGGACAGUAAUUGUGUUGUUUUGUUUGUUGAGAUAAAACUAAAAUGACCUCUUAAAAGGGUUGAUAGGAAAGCAGGUAAAAGCACUUUGGUUCCUCAAUGUGCCAGAGAAAGAUGGGGCUGUUUUCCAAAGUAAGUUCUAGAUAACAAUAUCUUAGUCUUUAACAUCAUUGAUGACUUCAGAUCUGGCCCAGAAGUGAUAUAUGACUGACAUUAUCCCUUUAUUCAGGACUUUUAAAAGAAAAAAAUAAACUCCAUAUAUUAGUAGUCUUUAAAAAUAUACUUUGCUAACUUAUGAGGACCAAAGUUGAGUUAGUUUUAAAGCAUUAGUAUCCCAUUUCAUUUUAUAAAAGAUGUGCAAGGAAGAAACAAGAAACAAUUAUUUUAUAAAGUAUAAAGUUAGAUUUGGGAAUUAUGCAGCCAAAAUUAUAAUUUGAGAUCAGAGUGAACUAAUUGCACUGAUAAAAUUUGCUGGAUAAUGUCACAUCCUAUGUGGAGUUCAGUAAAUAGUUAAAGAAAGGUACAUUUGGUUGACUGUCUUUUUUCCAUUCUGUACAUUCUCUUCAUUCUGUAUCCUGUAGAAAAGAUGUCUUUGAUAAAUUUAAAGUCAUCAUUGUUGACAAGAAUAUGUGUCAAUACCAAAGUGUCUGAGUAAGCCUUUAUUCAAGCAGACUAAUAUUUGUUCAUAUGCUUCUGGAUAUGAAAUCUUAAAUUAUAUGAGCUACUAAAUAGAGACUACCUUGUUGUGCUUUGGACAUUUAGAUUAAUGUAAAUAUAUGUAUUCCAUGACUUACUGUUUUAUCUGGCUAUUUCAACAUGUAAAUCUAAGAUGUUUUAUGUGAUUGUGCUAUUUUGUGUUAAGCACUACCUAUAGCAAAUAUCUCUCCAAAAUUCUUAUAGUUAUAAUGGCGAGUUUAUCUGUUAGAGGGAGAAAAAGGUUUAAAUGUGUUCUGUACCAAUAUAUAUACUUUCUAUAUCACUUUUUACUCUGAUAUCAUUAUGCAUUUUGACCAGAUUAGAAGACACUUAAAUCCCAAUUUUGCAACAAGUGAGAGCCUAGGAGACCUUACUAUUCUUCUCUCUGCCAUAGGGUGAUCAAGUACCUUCUCUGGACCUAGGAUUCCUCAGCUGUAAAACGAGGGUUUCAGGCCAGAUGAUUUUUAAGAUUCUUCCUCAUACUGUCAUUGAUGAUUUCCUGGUGGCCUUAGCCCCGUCACUGACUCCCAGAGGCUUGCCAAAACGGUACCACAUACUAGUGGAAGACGGAUGGAAUUAGCAUCAACACUGUCACUCACAGGGACAAACCCAAUAUUCAAAUCCAGUUCUUUCCCCUUCUCAUGCAUGAAUGAGACCCAGAGAUUGUUGUGGGUUGUCUAAGGUGGAGCAGUAAAUACGUGACAGGGAUAAAAGGAGAGAGCCCAGGUUCAGCAUUCUCCCUGGAAAGAUAAGCGGUGCCCCAAAAUGAUUACCUUAAACAGGGAAGGGUAUGAGAAGGAACAAAGAAAUUAGACCAAAGAGUGAUCAGUGAAUGGCUAAGGAGAAUCAAGAAUUGAUUCUAGGGCUAAGAGAUUUUAAAGAGAUGUGGGCAGCAGUGACACAAAUUAAGAGAAGUAGAUGAGGUAGCAGGUGAGCCACCCUCAUGGGCAAUGGUAGUUUUCCAGGAAGUGUCUGUGAUGAUAAUAAUAAUGAACGCAUGGUGAGAGCUCCCUAAAUACCAAGUCGGGCUCUCCGUGUAGACUCCCUGUCAGCAGGGGUGUUAGGUAGAAAGUGACCACCAGGAAGGUCUCCUUUAAGGCAUCAGAUGCAGAACAACUGCUCAGUAGCACUGAAAAUUCCUGACUUCAUGAUAAAAAUUGCUGCCCCUGCCUCUUAAUUACUGACCUCGCCCCUUAAACAAGAUCCAUCAGAGGCAAAGAUUUUCCAAGCAAACAUUUUAGUCUAGUUAAUGCUGUUUAAAUAGGAGUUCUAUGAUUUGUGUGAUCUUGGAAAUCAUUAUUUUUUCUUCCUUCACAUUUAGAGAAAACAGACUGAGAUGCUGAGAUUUGCUUAGGAUCACAUGGUUAAAACCACACAAGUUAAAAUCACAACCACUAAAGCUGUCUGAGCCAUGGGAAGGGCUACCUGCAAGGUGAGUUUGGUAAACCUGAUGCCCCACCAAGGAAGCUGCAGAAUUAUGCAGUCUUUUCUGGAUGAGAUUUCUUAAGUCCUCACAGCCUUAACCCUAGGAAAUCAGUGUUGCACUUGACAGAGAAACAUGGGCAGUGCCAGGAGAUGGUGGUAGUAGAGUUCAAUCACAGUGAUUCUAAUAAUAGUUGAAGGAUAGGGUGGGCUGAGAUAGAAGCCAAGAUACUUAAAAGCAAAAGCAAAAAAAAGUGGAAAAAAUCCUAAAUACUGAAAGCAAAGCUGUGUUUUGAGCAAAUAUAGGAAAGCAUAGUAAUUGAAAAUCAUAGAACUGAAUGUUAUGGUCUGGACUUCUAAGUUUUUAGGUGUAUCAGGUUUUUAGUUGGAACCUGACUUCAUGUAUUUUACAUAUAGGAAUGAAAUUAGUUUUUGCUUUAUAAAUUUGUCUCACUCAAAACCUUUUACAUGAUUUUCCUUUGAGUGGUAACGUGGAUUUAUGUAACUGGGUUGUUCUUUUAAGCCAUUCAGUAUUUUUCAUUACAUAGUGGUAAGAGGUAGACUCAUUGGAGAAAUCAAGUAACACAGAAAUAAGAUUUUCCUGGGCUUAGAGUAUUUUCCCACUGUAAUGACAUUAGAUCCACUAUUUUUUUUAUUAUCUAUGCCAAUAUAUUCUAUAGUUAAUUGUGAAUUGUGUUUUUAAUACACUUUUAAGAUUUAUAACUUGAAAGAAUGGCCUAAAAGAUUUUCUUAUGUAUACUCAACUUCUGCAUUAAUUCUCACUGCUGCCUUAGACACAUUUCCAUAUAUGUAUUUUUAGCUUUAACUGUUUGAAUUAUUUGGGAAGGAAACUGGUUUUAUUUUUGUAAAUAAAUAUUUUCCUAAAAUACUAA